GUCAGAGCUGCGGCAGAGGUCAGCAGCAAAGGAGGUAUCUGUCAGAGAGCCAGGUACGCUGUUUGCCAUGUCAGCUGUACGUGCUACUGUCCAUGCAAAAUGGAUUGUAGGCAAAGUGAUUGGGACGAAGAUGAAAAAUACUGCAAAAGUCAGAGUGACGAGGCUGGUACUGGACAACUACUUGUUAAAGUAUUACAAUAAGAGAAAGACCUACUUUGCUCACGAUACUUUCCAGCAGUGCACAGUGGGAGAUAUUGUGUUACUUAAAGCUUUGUCUGAGGAAAGCUCCAAACGUGUGAAACAUGAACUGGCUGAAAUAGUUUACAAGGUGGGCAGAGUAGUAGACCCACUGACUGGGAAGCUAUGUGAAGGCACUGAAUUUCUGGAAACUCCAACAGAUGCUGAUAUUAAAGACCUUAAUGACCACCUGGGGAAACUGGAAAUAGCAGAAACAACACCAGAAAAGACUGUGGACCACUGAAUGUAGAGCAUGUGGCUCUCUAAUGUUAAUACUGUGAUGUGACUUCAUGUUGGCUUCCUUACAUUCUCAAGACAUGGUACAUUCAUGAUUUAUGAGAUGCCAUGAGGACUUAUCCUUUGCCUUCUUCAUGUAUGUAGUAAUCUAUCAGAACAAAAAAAAAACUAUGUUGAAUAAUUCAAAAUUUUUCUGAUUUUGCCCUUAAAUAUAAGGUCAAUGUGACGCUGAUCAACACUUAUUAAACUAUACAUGUAGUUUUUACGAGAAUAAACAUGUUUAUUUUA